AUGCCAGAGAGAACAAGACGAGAAAUAGAUAAUCAAAUGGGCAAUAUCAAUGAACACUCGGAAGAAUUAAAUGAUGACCAAGAGAUAAUAGACUAUACAAUAGACGAAUACACAAACAGGCCAAUUUAUCAGAAGAAGUACCAUCCACAGGACGCAUAUGCUUUCAACGAGGAGUAUGAAAGAGAGAAGCAUCCGUGGGGAAGUGCUCCAGGAAUGUUCAAGGAGUUCCGAAAAGACAGCUACAGGCCGGAGGAGUACAGACAGGACGUCUACAGACAGGAGGAGUACAGGCCCGAGGGCUACAUGCGCGACAACUGGAGGCAGUGGGACGAAAGGCCUGAGGGAGGCGACCCGCAGUGGAUCAAAAAGGAGAAGAAGGCCAAGAAAGAGGAGGCCUCGACCCGAAAAAAGUCGAAGUUUCGCGUGUGCACGAACUGCGGAACGACCACAACUCCAGCCUGGAGAAGAAGCACAAACAACAAAAUUCUCCUGUGCAAUGCAUGCGGGCUGUACCAAAGGCUCCAUGGAAGCGACAGGCCCUUCAGUGUUAUGCCCGAUGGAAAAACAAAAGCCAUUAAGAAUAACAUAGAAAAGGGCGUUUGUCGGGGAUGUGGCGUGUCACAGGCGCCUUUGUGGAAGAGAGGGCAUAAUAACGAGUGGCUAUGCAGCUCCUGCGGCCUUCUGUACAACAGAAGAGAACGGCCGGAAGAGUAUUCCCAGGAGUGGCCAGAGUACUCGCAGGACGAGCCGUGGAAGUACAACGAGGAGUAUCAGGAGUACCCAGAGUGGCACCAGAAGGAGCGAGAUCAGGCAAUGCAGUAUCACUACGAGGAAAAGGAUGCAGAGGCAUACUUUGCAGACAACCGCUUUAGAGAAUACUCGAAUUAUUACGGCCAGGAGAAGAGAAGGUAA